AGACGUGCUGCACUCACUGCAGUUCUUCUUUUUAACACAAGGCGUCGCUGAGGAGCAGAUAAUACCGCUGCACAGCUGAAACACCAGAAGAAGAGUGACCGGAAGUACGUCUUUUACACUAACGACGAUAAGAAAUGAGAAGUAUUGUGUUGUAUUUUUAGACUACGAGUUAGUUUUCUGUAACAUUUGCAGUAAUCUCAUCUUCCUGAGUUCGGUUCAUCUGUACCAGUUCCGUAUCUAUUAUUUUAAGGAAACUUUAGCUAACAGAGAUGAGGAGAUCAGGCUGAACAACGACGAGAGGAACUGGAUACUGAAGAAAUGUUGGAGUUUCUGGAAACAACAGUCGCAAAUUAUAAAGAGGAACGAUGAGUUUAAAGGACAAACUGCAACACAACAAAACCCAAGAUGCUGUUUUCAACCCAGAAGUUCUGCUUCACAGAUCAGAUAUUCAGCAGAUGGUGCUGAUUAAAGAAGAAGCUCCUGAAGUACGGAUGCUUGGUGUGGACCAGCAGGAUCCAGAGACCCUCAACAUAAAGGAGGAAGAGGAGGAACUGUGGACCAGUCAAGAGGGAGAGCAGUUUUGUGUGAAAAAAGAGACUGAUGACUCCGGGUUUGCAUUCACUGCUGUUCCUUUGAAGAGGGAGGAAGAUGAAGAGAACCCUCUGUUUUUACAGCUUCAUCAGCACCCAGUAAAAGAGGAAGAUCUUCCAACCAGCAGCUCAGCUGACCAGAUGAAAGCAGCAACUGGUGGAGAGGACUGUGGAGGAGCAGAGACUACCAGGAACCCAGAUCUAAAUACUUAUGGAGAUGAUUGCAGCUCUUCAGAGACUGAAGUCAGUGAGGAUGAUGAAGGUGAUGAUGUGAAUGACUCUGACUCUCAGCUAAAAGACUUAUUAAACUCUGGGUCAGAACCUGAAGAUGGUGACAAAGACUGGAAGGAGAGCAGAGCUCCUGAGUCAUGUGUAAACACCGUUAACAAAAAUUGCAGCUUCACUGAGCAUGGGAAACAAUUUCACAAGACAAGUCAGUCAGUGAUGUCUUCAAGUUGUUUGGUUGUCAAGGAAUGUUUUGAAGUGAAGAAAACUGAAGGCCCAGUCGAGAAAAAACAGUCAAGACAGAACUCAUUUAGUUGUAAAGACUGUGGAAAAAGAUUUAAUAGAAAGUGUAAUCUAAACACACACAUGAUAAUUCACACAGGACAGAAACGGUUUAGUUGUGAAGACUGUGGAAAAAGAUUUAACAGAAAGGGUAAUCUAAAGAAACACAUGAUAAUUCACACAGGACAGAAACGGUUUAGUUGUGAAGACUGUGGAAAAAGAUUUAACAGAAAAAGUAAUUUAAAAACACACUUGAUAAUUCACACAGGACAUAAAGCAUUUGUUUGUAAUCUUUGUGGACAAAGAUUUGGACACAAGUCAACUUUAAAAACACACAUGAUAGUUCACACAGGACAGAAACAGUUUAGUUGUGAAGACUGUGGAAAAAGGUUUAACAGAAAGGGUGAUCGAAACACACACAUGAUGGUUCACACAGGAGACAAAACAUUUGUUUGUUAUCUUUGUGGACACAAGUUUGGGCAGAAGUCACAUUUAAACUCACACAUGAUAGUUCACACAGGACAGAAACGGUUUAGUUGUGAAGACUGUGGAAAAAGAUUUAACAGAAAGGGUAAUCUAAACACACACAUGAUAGUUCACACAGGACUGAAACAGUUUAGUUGUGGAGCGUGUGGAAAAAGGUUUAACAGAAAGGGUGAUCUAAACACACACAUGAUAGUUCACACAGGACAGAAAUCAUUUGUUUGUGAUUUUUGUGGACAAAGGUUUGGACGGAAGUCAACUUUAAAUAGACACAUGAUAGUCCACACUAGAGGAAAGCAAUUUAGCUCUGAAUAAUAACCCUUUUUUAAUCUCAUAUCUUAUAAUAAAUAAUGCAUUCCUUUCAGUAAUGUUUUUUCUUAGUACCUUUGUUA